GUACCUUUUCAUGCAUUGAUGGUGUGACUCUUUUUUUUUUAUGCUUCUUUUGCCAGAGAAAACCCUCACAUGCAUCCAUCCGAUGUAUGCUUAUCCUGCGUCCAAUAAAUUCGCAUGUUAUCAUAUCAAAUCAACCGCUUAUUCAAGAAGCGUCUCCCAUCAUUGAGCGUCCAUCCAACUGUUCUCUUUUCUAAAUCAUCCAAUGACAUUCAAGUGUCGUAGCUGAAAUCCAAAGACAGAGUGCUUUGGGAUUUCAAGCCACAAAUUUUUUUUUGGUUCAGGCUGCUCCAAUGGGAAACGGUGACCCAAAUUUUAGAUUUGUGCUCACCCUUCGCCUUUCCCUGUUCAUUACCUUUUUUUUUUCUUGUCACUUCACAUAACCUUGCACAACGAUCCAUGUCGUCCCGGUUAGCUAAGCAAUCACUCAAUUUGCUGUUAAAAUCACCUUCGAAUACACCCCGUGAUCAGCACGAUAGCUCCGUGACGAAGCGGAGACACGGCAUUAAUAAACUUCCCGAUACCAACAAAGGAUUGAAGAAGAUCAAAUAUGAGAUUCGAUAUGGACGAUUAAAGAAAGAAAAGUUGCAACGUGCCGAACAACAGAAAAAGGAAAAUCCAUUAGAUGCACUGGCAAGGAAAGAAGCAGCUAUGGAUGAGAAUUUGGCACGGAAUAUUCGACUUUUGACCACAAAAAUGAAAGCAACUGAAGUUGAAAAGGCGAUUCGUAAAGAGAUGAUGCGAUAUACCAAGUCGACCAAUUUAACCAAAAAGUCACAGACUAUGGAAGAGGACGACGACGACGACGAUGACGACGACGACGUAUAAAUCAAAAAAUUUUGGGAAAUAAAUAAGUAAAAAAAAAAAGGGGGGGCCGGAGACGGAUCAAACAUUCUUUGGCGGUUUGCAUGUCAAGCAUUUGGAAAGAGUUUUCAC